GUUUCUGACUUCCGAGAAAAGUGAGGAAAAUAUAUGGAAAAAAGAGAACGGAAUCUUGAAUCUAUUUUUUAAGGUGUUUUGAUUGCCGAAUAUUGGAAAAGGCACAUGGAACUCAGUUGAGCAGGCCUAUUACAAUUCGUUGAAAGGAUGCUUUAGUUUUUUAUCCUUUCCGAAUCACCUUUUCGUGGUCGCCAAACGAAUCAUUAACUUUUCUUUCUGAGCCGAGGAUUUGCGACUAUUGGGAUUUGGAACGAGUGGAUGAGAGGUUUUUUAAUGGUUAAGAUUGGAAUGACCCUCUCUUUGUCUAUCAAGAAUAGAAUUGGCGAUCGUUUCAAUUAAGAUAAAAUUAUAAUUUAUAUCUUGAUGUAUACGGUUUUUAUCUCAGAUCAACUUCAUAUUUGACAUGUAUGGUAAAGGUCAAGUAAUUCAUCUUGCAGAAUCCCUAGAAAAGUGAAUAGCUCCAGCAUUUGCAAGUUCAAUUACUAAAUCUUUGUUUUGCAGUGUUGAAAUUUGAAUCUUAAUCUCUGCUUUGCUGAGAAAAAGGGAGGGGUUGCUCCAGUGCAUUGGGGAAUAUACAGCUUUCCUGUUGGACAUAACUUUAAAAAGUGAUGGUUAUACACGACCAAGAUCUGGAUGUUGUACAGUGGGGUCUUAGUCUGUUUGGUGGUGAUCCAGAUUCUGGGUAUUGUUGUAAUCUUGCUGAACAUGACACUAACAUCUAUGGACAGUAUUUCAGAGAUCAUUAUGAAACAGAAUGCAGUGUAGAGAACGAUGAGCGCAUUGCACAUGUCCUUCAAGAAGAAUUUUCACAAUUAGCAAUUACAGAAGCAUCUGAAUCUUCACGUGCAGGAGAAGAGCACAUGCAAGCCCCCAUUUUUCCUCAGGAUUGGCUCCCUCUGCCGGCGGGAAAUUAUCGUUCUGCUCAUGAGGAUGACCGAGAAGAAGUAGAUCAUAUUGUUCCUUCUGGUCCUUGUUCCAGCCCAGAAGAAAGAUCGUGUGAUGGAGAAGAGUAUUCCUAUUCUCUGGAGAUAACAGAUGAGUCUGCGCUUGAUGGUGAAGUAGGCAAGAGAUUGAACCAAAUCAUUCCAGCUGCUCAUGUUCCUAGAAUUAAUGGAGAAAUACCUUCAGUUGAUGAAGCCACUUCGGAUCAUCAGAGGCUUCUAGAUAGAUUGCAGCACUUUGGCUUGGUUGAGUUCAAGGUUGAAGGAGAUGGUAACUGUCAGUUCCGUGCUUUAUCAGAUCAAUUCUAUCGUACUCCUGAGCACCACAAAUUUGUGAGACGGCAAGUUGUAAAUCAGCUGAAGUCCCACCCAGACAUAUAUGAAGGAUAUGUUCCCAUGGCAUAUGAUGACUAUUUAAAGAAGAUGUCCAGGAGCGGUGAAUGGGGUGAUCAUGUCACUUUACAAGCAGCUGCAGAUUCAUAUGGUGUCAAAAUAAUAAUUUUUACUUCAUAUAAGGACAGCAGUAACAUUGAGAUUCUUCCUAAAGCUCCGAAGUCAAACCGAGUUAUAUAUUUGAGCUUUUGGGCAGAGGUUCACUACAACUCGAUCUAUCCUCAAGAAGGUAGAGAAGAAUCAUUGUCAUAUGAGUCUAAGAAGAAAAAAAAGUGGUGGAUUUUUGGAAAUAAGCAUUAGGAAUGACAAACUGAUAUAAAGUAAGCACCUUAUCCAUUUGUUGCUGCUUCUGCUUCUCAUGCUGCUUCACUUCGGCUUCAAUUGUACAUGGAGUCUUUUUGGUGCGAUAUUUGCUUUCUUAUGUUUAUUUAUCUUGGUAUGCAGCGUCUUCCAGAUCAUAUACACUGUAAAUAUUUUGAAUUUUCUUUGAUGUUCUUGAUGUUUCCUGAUACCCUGUGACUGUUCAUGCCAAUCUAACAACAGCAUGGUGAGCACUGUGAGAUCUGUUAAGGGUCAAAAGGCUACUAUGAAGUCACUACCGAAGUCUUAACACAUGCUAUGUUUAUUUAAACUAGAAAUUACUUCGGAAACUUUCCAAGCCCUUGCUUAGUGUUAUUGGUGAUUUUGGUUGUAAUUUUUCAAUAAAAGUUGAUGUCGAGAGCUCCAAAGAUUCUCACGACAGCCUCUUCAUUACGGAAAA